AUUAACUUGUUGCAUACGCGUCCUGGAGAAAAGCGGGAAAGUUCGCUAUUUUCCCCACCUCCUCGUUAGUGCACGGCGGGAAAAUUUGUAGAAAUGCAAAAAAAUCGUUGGAAAAGGGGGUUUAAACUGUGAUAUAUCGUCCUAGACGAAGGAAUAUUUAGUGAAAAACCAAACAAAAUCUAUUAAAAAGGAAUAAAAUAGAAAUAAUGUUUUGAAAAUUUCAUGCCAUCGAAUAUUAAACAAACUUACUUUAAAGGUCGUGAAGAUAAAUGACAGAAGUACAAGAUUAUUUUAAGUUAAAUACCUUUAAAUAUCAAAAACAAGUUAUUCUUAACUCAAGUUAGAAGGUUUUCCUCCCAAUAGUAAACUAUAAAAACGAGCAUAAACAAUAGACACAGAGAUAUAUUUAAUUUUUUAUUAGCAUUCUUUUAGUCUUCCUUAUUAUAAAAACCAUAUUUUAUAAUAAAUUUAGCAAACGCCUUUGAUAUUGUUAUUUUUGCACAUCAAAAGCGAUAUACACAAUUUAGAGAUCUAUUUUAAAUGAGAGAUGUUUUAGGUUGGACUGCUGGGAUUAAAACAACAUUAUUUAUCGCAUUAUCAGGCCAAGUUAUACACAUUUUCUGGCAGUGUGUGUGAGCCAUAAUUAUUUGCGUAUUGUGGGGCGCCAAGUGAACUUGUGGCUUGGUUCGGUCAGUGGUUGAGAGGGAGAAGUAGAAGGUGGUGAGGUGGUAGUAGCCAAAGAAUGCCGAGGACGGGCGGCGACGUUGGCAGUCGAUGGUGAUGACACUGAAGGGACGCCCCCACAGAAAAGCAGCAGCAACAACCACACUCGUGCUAUCGCUAAUCGAUGGCCGGCCAUCAAGAGCGCUAAGCAAAUAAGCAACAGGAGCCGCUUGGGUUGACUGGAGACAGAGACGGAGACCCCAAGUCCGAGAAUCAGAAGACCCGACCACGCCAAAGACAUCGGCUUCUCGGUCGCCGUCAACUACAACGCCGACGACGACGGCCAGCUAGAAAAUAAAUAAACAGUUUUAGUUGCCGUCGGCGAUUCCUGUGGAGCGGUGUCCCGAGCGCUGUUUCUCUUCCACCCACUCGAGAAAUGCUGGCCACCCAGGAGAACCGCUUCCAGCAUGUGUACUUCGCGCUAUCUGCCCUGGUGGCCAGCGCUAUGCUCGUCCUGGUCUACAUCUCCAUGCGCUCGAGCCUUAACGAGCGACUGCGAGAGGACCUGGCUAAAGCGCAGCGCCAGAUGAUCUUCGAGAGACCCAAUCCACAUUGGGACUACAGCAACAGUUGGCGCAGGAUAGGGAAUACCUCGCUUAGACAUGAAAUAUACUCGGCGUACUUCGAUGCCAGGACGGAUAUUAUAGCAAACGUCCGUCUGGAUGAAGAGCAGAUGACCAUAGGAUCGCUGCGUGUCUUCGCAAUUUUGCCAGAGCGUCUGCGCGACUCCUCUGUGAACUGCAUUGUGCGUUUCUCGGACUUCACUAGCCAAGAGAUUGUGGCUGAGGAGGCGGGGGCCAUGCAUGAUGUCCAUAACAAUACCUUUGCAGCGUGGAGCGUCAUGUGUCCGCUGCACGCCACCCGCCGUGCUCCCAUGCGGCUUCCUCAGGCGGUGGCCUUGGCUUAUGCCUCCAACCGACUGAGUCAUCUAAGUCCCACCUUUGUUCAGAUCAGUUAUCCCCGCAAUAUGACAAACCUGUUCGGUCGAUCCCGUCCCACGAUCUCCGUGUGCGUGGGACCUUUGCAGGAGAACUACUCAAAUGUCCUCCGACUGGUGGAAUUCGUAGAGAUGUACCGCCUGCAAGGCGCCACUCAUUUCUACUUCUAUUAUGUGGAGGCCAGUGAGGACGUGCGUCGUGUUCUGGAGCACUACCAAAGGAUUGGUUUGGCCGAUGUCUUCGAGUGGAAUGUCCAAGCACAUCUACAGGAUCUACAUUAUGCCGGAAUAGUCGCGCAAUUCAACGAUUGUGUGUACCGGGCAAAUGUGGUGGACAACUUCCGGUAUGCUGCUGUAGUGGAUCUGGACGAGGUGAUGAUGCCGCUGAAGCACAACACUCUAGCAGAUUAUCUACGUCAGUGCGACGAGGGCCGCACGGCGGGCUUCGUCUUUCGCAACGUCUUCUUCCACCGGCGGGACAGUAACGACACCUUCAAUGCCCCCAGCCAUGUCCUAAAUAGGUUACUCUAUACUCAAUCUAAAGUGCGGAGAACUCUGGAGGUGUUACCUGCUUAUAUUAGGAGUAAGGUGGUGGUGAACGCCAGGGCCAUUGUGGAGAUGGGCAACCACCAGGUUUAUCGAUCGGCACCCGGCUACGCCGAUCAUGUAGUGCAUCCUACAGUGGGAUUACUGUUUCACUAUCGGGACAAGUGCAUCAACUGCAAGAUGGUGCUAAUCGUGGACUAUACGGCAAGGAGAUUUGGUUCCCUGCUUUUCGAUCGAGUAGACAACACGUGCCUCGAGGUUUUUCUAAACCGCGGCGUCUGCGAUCUGGUGUAGCCUCUGAUCUGUGGUUCGACAAACGCCCCCUAAAAAAACCAGAGAUCUCUCGGGUCAGUUGUUUUCGUGGCCUCAGUCCGUCGACAUGCUGAAAUUCUGCUCGCUGCGUAGAAGCAAGGAGCCACCGAUUCCGGCACCAAAAGUGGCCAAGAGUGUACGACAAAUUAGAAUAAGUCCUAGCUGUUCCCAUCUAAGUGUUAUGUCGUAAUAAAUCGUGCUUUAAGUGAUUUGUGAUGUAA